AUAAACAAAGGAAGAUCUAAGGUAACACUGUAGCAGAGUAUAUAAACCUCAAUCCGAAAGUCUUUUUAGUCGUUAACGAACCAGCGAGACAGCUGCUAUUACCUCUCUACACUACAUAUGCUUACAGGUGUAUGAUUCUUCGUUUCAUCACACUGACAGACGGAGAAUCAAACACCGUCCCUUCCUGUCAGAUCCACCGAUCAAUUCUUGUAUAGUCUCGAUCUGAUCUGAAUCACAAUCUGUUCAGGUGACAAGUCAGAGUUAUCACAACCAGCUUCUAUGGGAACAGAGGAGAUUAAUAAGGAUAUUAUUGUGGACAAUUGGUUUUCACAAUUGACCUAUGAGCAAUGGGUAGCAAUACCUGUUUCUGGUGUACGACCAUCAGCUCGUUAUAAGCAUGCUGCAGCAAUUGCUGAUGAGAAACUCUAUGUCUCUGGUGGGAGUCGCAAUGGCCGGUACUUAUCUGAUGUUCAGGUCUUCGAUCUCAGAAGUUCAGUAUGGUCUAGUUUAAAACUCAAAACUGAUUUGCAUGCUGACAAAGUUGAAGAAAAUGGUUUGCAGGAAGUUCUUCCGGCUACUUCAGAUCACAGUAUGGUUCAGUGGGAAAAUAAGCUCCUUCUCCUUGGUGGACAUUCCAAGAAAUCCUCGGAUAGUAUGAUAGUGCGAUUUAUUGAUCUAGAAACACAUCACUGUGGUGUCAUGGAGACAUCAGGAAAAGCACCGGUAGCACGAGGGGGGCAUUCUGCUACUCUGGUUGGUUCUAGGCUGAUUGUUUUUGGUGGAGAAGAUGGUAGUAGGAGAUUGCUUAAUGAUCUCUAUGCUCUUGAUCUUGAAAAAAUGACUUGGGAUGUCUUAGAAACGACGCAGACACCUCCAGCUCCCAGAUUUGAUCACACAGCUACAAUACAUGCAGAACGCUACCUCAUAGUAUUUGGUGGCUGUUCCCAUUCAAUAUUUUUCAAUGACCUUCAUGUACUUGACUUGCAGACUAUGGAGUGGUCCCAACCAGAGACUCGAGGUGAUUUGGUAACCCCUAGAGCUGGUCAUGCUGGUAUUGCCAUUGAUGAGAACUGGUACAUUGUCGGUGGUGGAGAUAACAAAAAUGGUUGCCCAGAAACCCUUGUGUUGAAUAUGUCUAAGUUAGCAUGGUCAACAUUGACAAAUGUAAAGGGAAGGGAUCCUCUUGCUAGCGAGGGACUCAGCGUUUGCUCAACAUUAAUUGAUGGAGAGAAGCAUUUGGUUGCCUUUGGAGGCUAUAAUGGGAAAUAUAAUAAUGAGGUGUUCAUAAUGAGACUCAAACCAAGAGAUAUGCUCCGCCCAAAAAUUUUUCAGUCACCCGCAGCAGCUGCAGCUGCAGCUUCUGUUACUGCUGCAUAUGCCUUGGCCAAAUCUGAAAAGCUGGAUUUCUCUAACAUAAAUUUGAACUCUAGAGAAGUUGAAAGCCAUCCUUCCGAACAAGAUAUCACAAGUGAAAUUGAUGCAAUUAAAGAAGACAAAAAGGUGUUGGAAAUGUCACUUGCAGAAGUCAGAGCAGAAAAUUCUCGGCUUAGGGAAAAAAUUGAUGAAGUUAACAGUACUCAUGCAGAAUUGUCUAAGGAACUUCAUUCCGUCCAAGGUCAACUAGUAGCUGAGAGAUCAAGAUGCUUUAAAUUGGAGGCACAAAUUGCUGAAUUACAAAAGAUGCUAGAAUCGCUGCAAUCUAUGGAGAAUGAAGUACAACUACUUAAACGACAGAAAUCUGCGCUGGAUCAGGAAAUAGAGCUUAAUGCAGCUUCACAGAGACAGGGAUCAGGAGGCGUCUGGCGGUGGAUAGCUGGGUAAAUUAAUAAGCUAGAUAAGUCAUAAGGCCAGUGCCUCAAAACUGUGCAAAAGAUUUAAGUAGAUAUUUUUCUCUCUGGAACUACAGUAGUAGUAUGAUCUUUAUCAGCGGCAAAGAUCACAUUGUGCUUUCUUGAAGGACUAUGGUUUAUGUAUAUGUGCCCACGGGGCCAUGAUACACUUCUUUGUUAUUAUAGUCCCAAGGUUGUUUUAAAUAGAAGGAAAUGAGUCAAAAAUGGGUUAAAAAAUACAGUCCCUGUUGGCACAUUGUCCUUUUUCUCCACCGAAUUUGAAUUAUUUUUAUUUUUAUUUUCAUUCCAUCA